CCGCCCGCCGGCUCAGGCCCCAGCAGCCGCCGCCUCCCCCUCCAUGGCCGCCGCUCUCGCCGGCUGCAUUGUGGGAAGCUGACCUCACUCGCUGCUGCCGCCGCCCCGCCGGCUCCGGCACUCGCCGCCAUGGGGGCCGUGACCGACGAUGAAGUUAUCCGCAAGCGGCUGCUGAUCGAUGGCGAUGGAGCUGGCGACGACAGGCGGAUCAAUUUGUUGGUGAAGAGUUUCAUUAAGUGGUGUAAUUCCGGAUCUCAGGAGGAAGGAUACAGCCAGUACCAACGAAUGCUGAGUACUUUAUCACAGUGUGAAUUUUCAAUGGGAAAGACUCUUCUGGUGUAUGACAUGAACCUGAGAGAGAUGGAAAAUUACGAAAAAAUCUACAAGGAUAUAGAAAAUAGUAUAGCUGCAGCCCAUGAGAAGAUCUCUGAAUGCAAAAAACAAAUCCUGCAAGCAAAAAGGAUUCGAAAAAAUCGCCAGGAAUAUGAUGCAUUGGCCAAAGUCAUACAGCAUCACCCAGACAGACAUGAAACACUGAAGCAGCUGGAAGCUUUGGGAAAAGAACUGCAAAACCUUUCUCACAUUAAAGAAAAUGUUGAAGAUAAGUUGGAGCUGAGAAGGAAGCAGUUCCAUGUUCUCCUGAGCACCAUCCAUGAACUUCAGCAAACCCUGGAGAAUGAUGAAAAACUUUCAGAAGCUGAGGAAUCACAAGAAACUCAGAUGGAAGCAGAGGCCAAGCAGUAGAUGUCAUCUGAAGACUGACAAUUACUACUUAAAGUCCAAAUAUCUUCACUUUCUGUUGAAAUCAACAGUAAGAGAUGGAGCUGGAAAUAGUUUUCUCCUGCUUCUGUGAAUUUUUAUACAAAAAUACAUGUUUUGCAUCUGUUUCAUGGGAAAAGAGUUGCAGAUGUUUGCAGGCAGGCACUCGAUGUUAAUCCACAAACUUGGUAAUUUGUGACAAAUAUACUUUGUUUCACAAAGGAUGAAGCUUUUACACCAUACUUGUGAACUAAGGUGUUUGUAAAACUUUAAAUAAAAGGUGUUUUCACAGAUUUUCCUA